AUGGCUGCUGGUAGUACCAAUAAUCCUUCAUCAGAAAUCAAUGUGGUCAUUAUUGGAGAAACAGGCACUGGUAAAUCAACAUUUAUUAAUUAUUUAACAAAUCUAUUUUAUAAUGGUUCAUUAACAAAUCUUAAAGUAGCUAUACCAACACGUUAUUUAAAAGCUAACAUGCCAUCUAUCAUACCUCAACAUCAUGAAGCCUGUUUAAAUGAUGUUACACGUAGUAAAACAGGUAAAUGUACAAAAUAUACAUUUACUGUUGAACAAGUUCAUUUUAAUUUUUUUGAUACACCUGGUAUAAAUGAUACGGGUGGUUAUCUAUCUGAUAAUGAAAAUGUUGAUCGAAUAUUUGAGUGCAUUCAAACAUUACAACAUAUAACAGCUCUUGUACUUGUUCUAAAUGGUACACAAGCACGUUUAACAGUUAAUAUACGAAAUGUUCUUGAACGUUUUCGUGAUCGUAUACCUGAUAUAAUUUAUAGAAAUGUAAUUGUUAUAUUAACAAAUUGUGCACCACAUACAGUUAAUUUUGGUUCAGUUAAAUUAUUAAAUCAUGCACCCAUAUUUCAUAUGCAAAAUUCAGCAUUCUCAUCUGAUGCUCAAGCAUGGACAUCUCAAACACGUGAAAUAUUACAACGUGAUUGGAGUGUAUCAAUGCAAACAAUGAAUGAUUUUAUUAAAACUUUAUUAACAUUAACAGCUAUUUCAACAGAAUCGUUAUCAGCAAUGAAUGACGAUCGAAAUGCUAUACGUAGUGUUUUACAUGAAAGUCGUCUUAUGAUUAUGGAAUUACAACAUAUUGAAGAUGAAUUAACUGCGCUUGAACAGGCAUCAAAUAUUUAUUCAGCUAAUAUUGAAAAAUAUGCAUCGACUAGCGGUCAACCAACAAAAUCGAUUCAGGCAAUUUGUCAUGAACGAUGUUCAUUAACAGAAACAACACGAGUUGGUGAACGCGUUUUGCGACGUUGUACAGUUAUUGUUAAUGGUCGAUGUACAGUAUGUGUUGGUAAAUGUUCUUAUGAUAUACAUUAUCAUGACAGACGUCUUAUUAAAAGUGUUCCAAGAACAUUAAAAGUAGCUAUAUCAUCCAUGGCAAAUAAAUAUACCGAAGCACGAAAAGAUAAAGCAGCUUGUGAAACAAAAUGUGAAACUGUUCAAGAAACAAAACGUGUCAUUGAACAAUCAUUACAAGAACAAUUUAUUAAAGUACGUGAUGCAUGCUUACGUGUAAAAAGUAAUUGUCAAGGCUUUAAUGUAGCUGAAGAAUUAUGUAUGUUUGUUAAUUUUCUUAAAAAUGAUAUGAGCUCAUUACGAUCACCAUCAAUUACGAGAAAAGCAGCAAAAUUUGUUGAAAAACUUGAAGCACUUGCAGAUGAUUUGCAAUAUGAUGAUUCUUUAAUAUCUAUAAUUGAACCACCGUCAACAUUAGGAAUGCAUCCACCAAUGUCACCUCCACUUGCUGCUAAACGAAAAACUGCCAAUAAUAAUAAUAAACAAGCUUUAAAAGCAUCACAACUACAACCAACAUCAACAGGAAAUGAUGAUUUGAUUUUAAUUAAUCCAUCACCUACUUCAUCUUUAAUCGCACAAGUUGAUCAUAUUCUAAAUGGUUCAUUUAGUUCAUUAAAUGUUAUUGGCGAUAUUCCAUCAGCUGAAGAUGAUGAACAACGAAAGAAAAAAGUAUCAACAGUUGCUAUAUCGGAUUCAUUUCUUCGUAGUCAAUCUAUUCAACAGCAGCAACCACCAUCGGAUUCAAACAAUAGUCGUAAUUAUGCUGAAUAUUCAACUGAACGUCUUGUUGUUUUAAGUCGUGAAUCAACUGAAGAAUAUAAAUUAAUUGCAAAAGAAUUGAAUCGACGAUGUGGUGGUACAUCCAUUGGUUAUUUAACACCUGCACAAUUAUCUAUAUUAUGUGAAUAUUAUGCAUCAUCUCGAAUGUUACAAUUGGAUGAACUUAUUCGUGUUCAUUCACAACUUCAAUUAGAUAUACAACAAUUAACUGAUCAUGAUCCAUUCGAAAUACUUUCUGUACCAACAGAAAAAUUAUUACAUUUAGCUGCUGUUUCACUUUAUUAUCGUUUUACCUUAUAUGCAAACUUCAUGACAAGUAAUCCUAUAAUGGCAGCUGCACAUCAAGUAAAAGAAACAAUAUCGGAUGCAAUGAGUCGUCUUGGUGUUGGUGGUAAUCAAUAUACAAUGAAGAAUAAUGAGAAUAAUGAUACACGUCAUCUAUCACUUGAUACAUCGAAUAUAGCGAAAGUAUUAGUGAUCGGUGAAACAGGCAGUGGUAAAUCAACAUUUAUAAAUUAUUUAACAAAUUAUUUUCGUGGUGGUUCAUUACAAAAUAUAAAAGUUGCUAUACCAUCAAAAUUUCAUCCAACUAUUACAGAACAAUUUUCACAUUGUGAAAAUAAUAUAAGAGAUACUACACAAUCAAAAACGGAUAUGUGUAAUCAAUACAUUUUUGUUGAUACUGCAAGUCCUGCUCAAAAACAAUAUAUCUUUCUUGAUACACCUGGUCUAUCGGAUACAAGAGGAGCUGAGCAAGAUAACAUCAAUAUGAACAAAAUUAUCGAUGGAGUUGAAUCAUUAGGUGGUCUAUCAGCAGUGAUCAUUGUUGUCAAUGGUACAACGGGACGUCUUACAUUGAAUCUUCGUAAUGUGAUUGCACGUCUUCGUGGUAAUUUACCUGAUGUUGUCAUGGAUAAUGUUAUUGUUGUUUUGACUAAUGCUAAACGACAUGAAGCUAAUUUCAAUAUAUCAUCUCUUCAAUUGCAUGGUACUGUUUAUCCAUAUUAUAUGCAAAAUUCAGCUUUUUCACAAGAUUCAAAUACAUGGGAUCAAGCAGCACUUGAUGCAUUACAAUUUGAUUGGGAUGCAUCAAUGGAUGAAUUAAAACGAAUGAUUGAAACAAUCGACACAUUUAAAAUAAAAUCUGUUACAGCAUUUAAAGAUAUGAAAGAUAUACGUAAUGCAAUAAAAGCAUUAAUGCAUGAAGCACGAUUAGAAGUUUCACAUAUACAAAAAAUGCAAGAUGAAUUAGCUGCAUUUGAACAUGCACUUAAACAAUACAAAACUGAUGAAGUAACAUAUAAAGAUUAUACACGUGAACGAGUCGUUGAAACAAAAGAAUUAGUUGAUACAAAAUAUCACUCAACUGUAUGUCGUAAAUGUGAUCAUGUUUGUCAUGAUAAAUGUGGUCUUCAUGAAACAACCACACACGGAAAUCGUAUAUUUCAACGAUGUUGGGCUAUGUCAUCUGAAGGUCAAUGUUUUAUAUGUCCAGGCCAUUGCCUUUAUACAGAGCAUUAUCAUGCACGUAAAACAAUGAAAGUCAAACAACAAAAAUUACAAGAUGUACUUCAUGAUAUAAAAGCAAAAUAUGAUUUAGCAACACGUAAUAAAGCUGAUUUUCAAUCACGUAUAACAACAACACAAGAUGCAAAAAACAUGUUACAACGUGCAUUAAAACAAAAAUUAGAAGAAAUAAAACAUAAAUGUGCUGAAUUAAGACGAAUAUGUAGUGGUUUUAAUUUAGCUCAAGAAUUACAUGCACUUAUUGAUCAACUUAAAGCUGAAGCAGUUAUGUUAAGAAAUAUUGAAGCUAAACAACAAGCUGAAGAAUUUAUUCGUAGUUUAAGUGAAUUUUGUCGACAAUUAGAAGCUGAUCAAGUCGCAAAACAAGUUUUACCACCAAUGCGUCUUGUUGAUACAUAUACAUCAAAACCAUUUCGUUCAUCAACAUCAUCAACAACAACAACAGCACCUCCAUCUCAAAUAUCACCAUCAGAAAAUACACCAAAUUUAAAUACAAGUGUACUUGAUUUAAUAACGAGGUUAAAUAAACCUAAAAAACCAUUACCACCAACAUCUGAUGAAGAUGAUGAUGAUAAUGAUGAAAAUAGUGAAAAUGAUGAUGAUUAUGAAAAUACACGUGAAAUACCAUCAGCAUCAUCACGUUCUAGUCGUCAUCUUCAUCAAACAGAUAAUGAUAAUAAUCAUGAUGAUGAAAUUGGUUUAAUACAUGAUAGACGAAAACGACGUCAAUUACCACUAAAUAAUAAUAAUAAUAGUAAUAAUAAUAAUACUAAUACUAAUACUAAUUCUUUACAACAACAAUAUGCUAUAUUAACUACAACAGAACUUGUUCAACGAUAUACAGAUUGUAAAGAUGCACGAAAAUCAAAUGCAAUCUUAAUUGAACUUAAUCGUCGUUCACAAGGUAAAUCAACAGGUCCACUUGUUUCACCAACUGAUAUUGGUACAUUUGCACGUUAUACACAAUUAUAUGGUUCACAAGAUGCACCAACAUUAAGUCAUUUAUAUUUACAACUUCAACAAAGAAUUUCAAAUAUGACUGAACCUGAUAUACUUAAUAUUAUCCGUGUACCUGGUGAUCUUUUACUUGAAAUUUCUGCAAUUUAUACACUUAUUGCACAAAAAAAUCAACAACAACAACAAGGACAAAAUGCUGAUGGAAAUUUUGCUAAUGAAUCUGCAUUUGAACGACCACCAGAUCAUAUAGCAUCUUCAAUGAUGAUGAAAAUGUCAACACCAACUUCUCAAACAUCUAUGGGAUAUUUUUCACCACCUGCUAGUCAUCACCCAGGUGGAGCAACAAUAACAACACCAACAUCACCUAAUACCUUUUUUAAACCUAUCCAACCAACAAAUAUGAAUAAUGUUAAUAUUCAACCAGCUGCUUUACAAACACCAAUAUUUUCUUUACUAACAUCUUCGACACAACAACAGCAACAGCACCAACAACAGCAACAACAACAACAAUCACCACAACAACAACAGUCUUCUCUAUCAUUUGCAGGUUUUACAGGUAUGAUUUAG